AUGUCUACAGCAGUCUCUGACAUGGACUUCUGCUUCAUCUGCGUCGAUGGCGGCGAACUUUUGGUGUGCUCGUCAAUAGGCUGCCCGCUCGCCUACCACCCGGCGUGUCUCCGCCUCGCCCAUCGUCCGUCUCCGCUCGAUGGCCCUGAUGACGACUGGUUCUGCCCACGCUGCCGGGCAGAGGGCCGCGGCUCGCCGGUUCCGCCCAGCGCCAACCACUUUGAUGACUCGGACGAGGCGUGCUACCUCUGUGUCGAGGGUGGCCAGCUGCUCUGCUGUGAGCGGUGCACUCGGACGUACCACUCACGCUGCCUCGCACGCCGACACCGCCCGCCGCUGGAUGCUGACGACGACGACGAGUGGGUCUGUCCGCUCUGCCUCCUCUCGCCGUCCGAGUGCGAGGCUGGCAACGACGACGUCUCCUACAUUCUCAACAACGACAUCGCCAGCCAGCACGGCCGCGGCGGAAAGCGCUCGCUUGCACCGGCGCCGCCGCCACGCGAGAUCCCGGUCGACAGCGAGUGCUACGAGUGCGGCCGGAGCGAUGGUGCGCUCGUUGCCUGUGACGACUGCCCACGCGUUUUUCAUGACCGCUGCGUCGUCGAGCGCUACCGGCGCGACCCGGACGCGCACCCGGACGAGCUCUGGCACUGCCCGAUCUGCGUCGUCGCCAAGGGCCUCGGCUACUCGCUUCGCCGGCGCGACACCAUUGCUCCUCCGGCGGCGGCAUCGGCACCAACCACACCGGCCCAGCGCCAGUCGCGCUCGCGCAAGGCGUUGUCGACAAGGAGCUCGCGUCCCCGCCGCUCGCCGCGCAAACGCUCGCGUUCCUCGGCCUCGCGCACUGAGCGCAUCCCGCGGAACAUGGUCGCGUACCGCCCACCCAAGCGCCACCGCUCGCUGCUGGCUGUCAAUACCUCGUCCGGUUCGGGCUCGUCGUCGACUUCGGGCUCGCUACUUGGCGCUCGUGCGCGCACCCGCUCCGCUCGCCGCACCGCCUCGGCUCGCCGCACCACCUCGCCGCACUCGCGGGUCCGGUUUGACUCGUCGGCGUCGGGCUCGUCGUCAGACUCCUCGUCUGGCGUCCACGGCUCGCAGCGGACCCACCACAGCCACGGACCAGGCGGACACGGGCACGGGCGCGCCCGCCACGGCCCGGGCAAAAACAAGGCCAAGCUUGCAGGCAAAGCCAAGUCUGGCACUGCCGCCGAGCCGAUUGCCGUCAACCCCGACAUCACCUUUGACUCGGUCGGCGGUCUCGACGACCACAUCCGCGCUCUCAAGGAGCUUGUCGUCCUUCCGCUCGUCUACCCGGAGACCUUUGCCGCCCUCGGCCUCCACGCACCAGCGGGCGUUCUCUUCCACGGCCCACCCGGGACAGGCAAGACGCUCAUGGCCCAGGCCGUGGCCAACGCCGCGUCGGCAUCCGGAACACCUGUCGCCUUUUUCAUGCGCAAGGGCGCCGACUGCCUCUCCAAAUGGGUCGGCGAGGCCGAGCGCCAGCUGCGGAUGCUCUUUGACGCCGCCGCCGCCGCCGCCCCGUCCAUCAUCUUUUUUGACGAGAUCGACGGCCUCGCCCCGAUCCAUAACUCGCUCGUCUCCACACUUCUGGCCAUGAUGGACGGCGCGUCUGCCCGCGGCCGUGUCGUCGUCAUCGGCGCCACCAACCGCGUCGACGCCAUCGACCCAGCCCUCCGCAGACCUGGCCGCUUUGACCGUGAGCUCCUCUUCCCGCUGCCGUCGGUCGAGGGCCGCAAGGCCAUCUUGGCCAUCCACACUGCCAAAAUGCCCAACCAGCCGUCCGACGACACACUCACGAACCUCGCCGCCGCCACGGCAGGCUACGGCGGCUCGGACCUCCGCGCGCUUUGUACCGAGGCGACUCUUGCCGCCUUUCGCCGCACCUAUCCCGCCGUCUACACCGCGGCCGGCAAGUACACGCUUGACGCCGCGGCUGUGACCGUCACUGACGCCGACUUUGACGCCGCGCUCGCGUCAGUCACUCCAGCGUCGGCCCGCUCCUCGCCUGCCGCUGCCUCGCGCCUCACCGAAAACGAAGUGCUGCUGCUCGACGCGCCGCUCCGCGCUGCCCUUGCCGGCCUUCAAGCCCAGGCUCCAAACCUCAUCCCGACAUCUGCAACCCAUCCGGCCUCGCACUGGCUCCUCCACCCGGUGCCUCUCCAUCGCCCUGCCCUCUGCCUGGUUGGCGAUAGCGGCUCCGGCUCCUCCCGCCUCCUUUGGGCGCUCGCGCACACCUGCCAGGGCAUGCCGGUCUUCAAUCUCUCAUCCACCGCCAUUCAUAGCUCGCCGACCGGGACUGCUGUCGCUGACGCCUUCCAGGAGCUCCCGCGCGCGCUCCCGGCCCUGAUUGUCAUCCCAGACCUCGAUACCUGGGUCGACCUCGUCCCGCCUGCCUCCAUUGAGGCCUUUCUCGCCGCUUACACCGCACUCCCGCCGCCAUUGCCGGUCCUGCUCCUUGCGUCGUCGGCGGUCCCGCUCGAUGAGCUCGGGCAUCCGCGGCUGGCGGCACUCUUCUCCGGCCCACGCGCCACGCUGCACGUCCCGCGCCCCUCGCGCGCCGCCGUCGAGGUCAUCCUCGCCGCCCAUCGCUCUUCGUUCUUCAGCUACCAGCCGGGCAGCGUGCCCGAGACCGACGACGAGGAUGAAGACGAGAGUCUCGGGGCGACACAUGACAUCCACCGCCCCUCGACAGGCCUCCCUGCCCCAGCGCCGCUGCCCGGAGCACUGUCGCCCGCUGACGCACUGGCGGCAAUCGCACGUCGCUCAGCCGCCGCCACAGAGCACUCGCCCGCCUCGCUCUCGGACGAGGCCGAGCUGGCCUCACUCGAGGCACAGGAGGAGCACGCCCUCCUAGAGCUUCGCAUCUACCUCCGCAACGUCGUUGCCGAGCUCAAGCGCCAGCCGCGGCUCAAGCCUUUUGUCCGCCCAGUCUCGGCCAACGCCUUCCCCGACUACUACGACGUCAUCGACACGCCGCUCUGUCUCGAAGACAUGGACGACCGCGUCUCGGCCGGGCACUACACCUCGACAGCUGCCUUUAUGGCUGACAUCAAGCUCAUUCGAGACAACGCCUACGAGUACAACCCGCAAGGUGACCCAGCGCGGACCCGCAACCGAGCCGACGAGAUGUAUGACCUUGCCGCCUCGCUCAUCCACCGCUUCGAUGUUCGCACCCUCGGCUCCAUGCUCAAGCGGCUCGCCACGCUUCGCGCGCGUCACUUCCGGGUCCUUCGUUCGGCCGGCGAGCACGCCAAGGCCAACGUGUCUGGCAGUCAUGAUCCGCCGCUCUCAAGUGGCUCGGCUCCGCUCCCGCCCCCGCCGCCGGUCCUGCCCCCGCUCCCGCCGCCGCCUCCCUCGCCUGCCCGCCGGACGGCAUUCAUCCCACCACCCACCCACCAUAUUGCUGCCUGGGCUGAGCUCACCGACUCAUUGCUCGAGGCGCUGUUCGCCGACGGGCCGCCACACAUCGACGCCGUCUUUCGGGUUCUCGCCGAGCUCGGCCGCAUCAUCGAGCAGCACAAGCACGCCGCCGAUAAGCGCCCGGCACUGCAGGCUGCCGCUGGCCUGCUUGUGUAG